UACUUUUACACAUUCUGCUUCGGCCGUCAGUGUUUCGGUGCCAUGUCUGCGUGGAUUCCUGCCUAUUUGGAUAUCACUGGCAUUGUAUUUUGGUUUGGAGACAUCAAACAAAAGCAUUUGAAUACCUUGUAAUGUGAUUUUCUGCAUGCUUCCUGUUCACUGGAGUGUUUCUAAACAUGACCUAAAACCUCAGCGUGUUUCUUUUCUUAACUUGGAUUCCGUUUCCAUUUAUGAUGUAAAAGGUUUGGAGCAUAUUGCGUUUUUUUUGCCGGUGUUUUUGCUGAUCCGUGCCUUCUGUCAGCAGCGCACUCGUAUAGGGAGGAAUCUUGGCUCCUGCAGUCAUUUCCCCUGCAGAGCUGAGCUCUUUGGCUGCCUCGCCACUUCCUUAGCAGAGGGGCUGCUGGCAGGGGCAACAUCUGAGCAGGUCAUGAAGCCCCAGGAGGCAGAGCUUGUCACCGAGAUCUCCAAGUUACAAUGCAUGGUGUCAGAGCUGAAGACGGGUUUCACCAGUGCUCUGCUGGAGCUCAGUCAGAUCCAACAUGGAGACACGUUCCUGAGGGAGGAGCUGGAGCAGAACAGGAGGAGCUGCCAGAAGAAAGCUCUGCGCCUCGAGGCUCUGGUGGAGUCGCUGAGGGAGGAGCUGAGUGUGAUGCAGCGUCAGAUUCUGCAGCUGCACAGUCACGGUCAAAGAUCUCAGCAGGAAGUGAAGAGCACCACAUCCAAACAGAAAGAACGCAACAGUGACGCAGCAGAGGCGUGUGGUGGGCGGAGUCAGUGUGAGUGUUCAUCUGCUCCGCCCGCCUGCUUGUCCAGAGGGAAACUGCUGCUGCACUGUUUCCUGCAGGGACUCAAAGCAGGACUGAGUGAAGGCACAGAUGCGCGACACCAGGUGGCGCUGCAGCUUUUACACUCAGAGUGGGAGUAUGUUUCCACCUUAAAUCAGCUGUACGACCAGUACAAGACUCCGCCCACUCACCAGAUGGCCGUGGAGCCGUAUCAGACUUAUCUCAGGUUUGUGGAGCAGCUGUUACAGCGACACCUGCUGUUCAGAAACACGCUGCAGGAGCGACUCUCUGCUGAACACUGGAAAUCUCUGGUUGGAGACAUUCUGGUGCAGCUGAUCGGACAAAAUGAUACAGCUUUUUCAGACAUGUACACUGGAUACACGACCACGCUGGCGUCCUUCCUCUCACUGGAGUUCAGCAGACUGAAUCGUCCAGAGAAAGGACAGAAAGCACAGAGCGGUCACGUGGACAGAGAGGAAAUGAAGCUGCUCUCGCUGCUGCUGGCGCCCGUUUCUCGCAUUCACAGUUACCUGAACCACAUUCAGAACUUGUUGCAGUGGACGAGUAAAGAGCAUCCUGACUGCAGCCUUUUGCUCGGCACCGAGCGAGCGCUCAGAGCCAUUCUGUCUCGAUGUCAUGUGAUUCUGGAGGAGGACGUGCGGUGGGAGGACGCUGAAGCUGCGGGGCAAAGCAGCUGCUCUGAAGCUGCAGCUGCUUCAACAUCUGCAAACUGUUGCACAAGAAACCAGCAGAGCAGGAGCAGGGAGGAGUCAAACCCUGCUACUCACAUAGACGAGCAGCAGACCGCUCACCUCACCAACGGGAUGGACGUCCAUCACUCCAUGCGCCUCGAGUGCUGGUCCUGCAGCCCGGUGAGGAGGAAGAGCAGUGGACGAGACCGGACGUCCCUGAAACAGAAGGCCGUUCACUGUGGACACGCAUACUGCUCCCUCCUCACGCCGGAUCCUGCGGGAUGGGCAGAGAACAGCGACUCGGGUCAGGGGACCUUCAGUCAGCCGACGGUGAAAAGCAGCAACGAGCUGGACGCGCCUUCUGGAAACCACGACCUCCAGGACUGCGAGACUGACCCCGACGACACCUCGGCCUUCGACUACUCCUCUGUGACGUCCUGCAGUCCUGACGGCACGCUGCGCAGGGACGUGACGGGCAGCAACAGUGGCGAGGACGAGGACGAGGAGGAAGAGGAGGAGGAGGAGGAGGAGGACAGUCAGGUGCCGGUGCUGUUGAAGCCUUCGUACAGUCAGAAACAACAGCAGCAACAGUCGUCGUCGUCGUCCGCGUCCAGAGAGAGAACUGUGUGUCUGAGGUGGCAGAUUCCCAGACUGACCCCUCACCCUCCUCUGAGAAACACAGCGGGCUCAUGUGUGGACGCACCCAAGCCGUGUCUCAUCAGCUCCCACGGACAGCGGCUGGUCAGUGUCAGGAAAGGGUCACCGCCUCUUCAUCCAAAAAGUGCCUUCAGGCCAAUCUGGGACGACCCGUCCAAACAGGGAUCUCAGCAGCUGGACUCGGCUCCAGAGAAAGAGAAGAGACCAGGCUUCGUGCCGAUCCAGGCUCCGGCGAGGCAGAGGUUCCAGGGUUUCAACCUGAGCAGAGAAAAUCUCAGGUCGGGUUUGGCUCAGCAGCGUGGAAGCCACGCGGCGGCGACGAGCGGCGGAGGAUUGUGGGACGACAGCGAGGACAGCGAGGGGCCCUGCAGCAACGUUUGACCUCCACUGUCAAUGUGUCCCGUCCCCCGUCCCCGCACAGAGACACGAGGACUUUGACUUACAAACUGUUAAACACACAGCUGUGACGUUUACAAACAAAAGUCACGACGGAAACAAAGAUGCAUGAACGAUGACUCUGUGAAACAAAAACAAACUGGAAACUGGUUCAUCUGGAUUACACUUGGACAUAUACUGUACAAUAAAAACGUAUGGUAGGUUUGUGUCAAAAUAAAGGAAUAAAGAACACAAAUUUA